AUGGAUAGCCUUUUCAAGACAGAUGAAAGACAAAGGUUGGCAAAAGAAAGAAGAGAAGAAAGAGAAAAAUGUCUCGCUGUCCGAGAUCAACAGAUACUAGAAAAGGAAAGAAGAGCAAAACUACAGUAUGAGAAACAGAUUGAGGAAAGAUGGAAGAAGCUGGAGGAGCAGCGGCUGAGGGAGGAUCAGAAAAGAGCUGCUGUGGAGGAAAAGAGAAAGCUUAAGAUUAGGGAGGAAGAAGAGCGAUUAGAGGCAAUGAUGCGUCGUUCCCAAGAACGCAGCCAGCAGCUGGAACAGAAGCAGAAGAGAUGGUCUUGGGGUGGUGCCCUGGUAGCUGGAUCUGGAAAAGAUGGUGACUCAGAAAUCCCCCCACCCCCUGUUCUAGGUUUAACUAGCAACACCCCUGACCCAGAGCCUGUGACCUCUGCUGCCGCUGAUGAGUCCUCCAAUGCCUGUGACAAACUGUCAUCUUCUACUAUGAGUCUGCAAAGGCCAGUGGACUCGCCAAUCAGUAAGAGGCUCUCCGCUUCCACAGCAGCAAUCACACAUUCCCCUGACCGAGCCCAACGCUUGUAUCUUAGUCCCAUGGAAAAUUUCCUUGUCACUCGACUGCUGACUCCAACGCACUCUUCCUUAACCAGGAGCAGGAGUGUAGCUAUGCUAAAUGAAUCAUGCCAUUCCAUGUCAGUCUAUCAUGUGUGUCCUCGUGUAGCCCCUGCUAGUCCUCUUAAAUCUCCUUACAAGUCUUCCCCUUCACGGAGCACCGAGCGGAGGAAGACCCUGCCAUCCCCUAAUGGAACAGAUGGAGCAAAGACCCCAACUACUCCAGAGCCACAGCCUGAAAAGCUAAAGAAAGAAAAACGAGCUACAACUCCUGUACAAGCCAAUACCCUGAGUUCUCCUCUUCGAAGAUCUGAAUCUCCUGCAACUCUGUCAAAGAGAUCAUCUUCUCCAGCAACACCAAAAUCACAUUCAAAGUCGUAUGCACAGUCUCCAGUGAAAAACAACAAGCAGUUCCCAGCAUCUCCCCUGAAAAAUCGAUCCAGCCCAAAUACCAGCCAAGAUACACUUAAAAAGAAGGCAGAGAAAGCCAAAACAAGUCCUGAAACAGAGGAGCAUCCUGUGGAAGUGAAAACCGAAUCCUCCAAACCAGAGAAAAGUCCUUCCAGUGGUGAGAAGAAAGAUUCUAAUGAAAGCUCUGGAAAGAUCACAGCAGGGACAACUGAUGCUGAUGAGGCUUCUAAGAUCCUGGCAGAGAAGAGGCGCCAGGCACGGCUCCAGAAAGAACAAGACGACCAAGAAAAACGUGAACGUGAAGAGGCGGAAAGGCUGAAGAAGGAAGAGGAGAGGAGGAGGGCAGAGGAGGAAAGGCAACGUCUACAGGCAGAAGCAGCUUUGCUGGCAGAGAAGAGAAAGCGAGAAGAGGAGGAAGCCAAAAGGAAAGCAGAAGAAGAAGCAAUCAGAAAAGCAGAGGAAGAAAGACUUCUGAAGGAAAAACAAGAAAAAGAAAUGCAGGCCUCUCUGGAGAAGCAGAAAGAAGAGGCUCGAGAAGCGGCAGAAGCCAUGAGAAUAGAGCGAGAACAGAUUAUACAGCAAAUUGAACAAGAACGAUUAGAGAGAAAGAAGAGAAUUGAUGAGAUCAUGAAAAGGACAAGAAGAGGUGAUGUUCAAGAAGCAAAGAAAGAGGAACCAAAACCAGAGAGUCAGUCACCUUUCAAUUCUGAAAAUCUAACAAAGGAUAAUGAAACAGUGCAAGUCAAUGGGUUAUCCUCCCAUACAGAAGAAACAAAACCUGUUGUGGCCAUCAUUGAUACCAAGCCUCAAGAAUUGUUCUCCAGUGGCCUGAAAAAAAACGUUGGCCUUAUCCAACUUGAUGCUUUUGAAGGGAAAUGUAACAGUCUGGAUGAUUCCACGGAUGAAGUUCAGUCAAUGGAUGUGAGUCCAGUAUCUAAAGAAGAACUCGUAUCCAUCCCAGAAUUUUCACCGCUGAAUGACCUCAAUCCAAGCGUUUCUUUGGGGCAAAAUGGGACUAAUAAUUCCAGAGCCUUGGAGGACCUUCUGGAUUUCACCGGCCAGGCCACCUAUUCCAAGAUCUCCAGCGAAAGUAUACACAUUGAUGACUGUAAUAGAAACCUUAUUGAUGGAUUUAACAGUCCAGGACAAGAACCCAAACUUAACACAAUCUGCUGAAUUACACAGCACAUAGUAACAUGGAUUGGCAGAAUAAUUCAGCAAACAAGCUUUGAGGCAACAAACGCUGCUGACAGUAAAACACCAAGCUAGAGCUGAAACUGGAUUUUACUCCAGAGCCAACUAUAACCUGCAAGUUUUUAUCUAUACCAUAACAAAUGAUGUUUGCAUCGGCGAAGACACAAGCCGCCUAGUUCUCUGGAGUAUUACCGUUGACAUCGGACUGUUGACACAGCUCAUCAUGUUAGAGGAUAACUAAAUCUGUUUUCUCCUGUAUUGGACUUUUGGUUGACUUGUUCUGUGGAGGAAAGUCGCUUGUAUUAAUAUAAAUACAGAACAGAGCGCUGACUUCUGUAAAGUGAU